AUGAUAUUGGCUAUUUUUUACAGUGGCGUUUGGCUGUGCAAUACGAUCUACGAAAUGAUAGUAGGAGUUGAGUACUAUAUUUUUAUUAUAGAGUCAGCUAUUUUAUCAUGGUAUCGAGUUGGGGAUCGUUCUUACUUUCCUAAUAUUCCAAUAACUACAAAAAUCUAAACAAUAUAUAAGUUUCCUUAUCCCAAUUCUACUAUUAUCUCUGAACAUAUUAGGUAAUUAACAAAUUAACAAUAGUCAUUUUGUAAUAGAUGAAUACUGAGAAAGUGUUUUUAUUUUUGCUUCCACCCUUCCUCUAUGAUAAUUUAAAUAAGGAUUUAACAAAGAAACAAUAUUUUAACAUUUUCAAAUAUCUGCAUCUCAUCAUUAUGGGCAUUUGGAAAGUAAUAGACAAUCUAAAUCAUGGGUAACCGAUAAUAAUUACUAUUAUAUUAUUAUUGUUUACUUACUAUCACUAAAAAUUAUUUAAUCAAUAAAUCUAAAGAAAUGACAAAGGUCUUGAUGAUACUAUGAAUAUCAAAACAAGCUCAGAUACAGAUAGAAUCUAGGAGUUAUAAAAUAAUCUAGUUAGUAUUAUAAAAUUAGAUAGUAAAUUAAAUCUAAUUAUGCGAAAUACAAGAGCAUAAGAGUUAUUAAGAAAUAUAAAUAUUUAAGAACUUUUGAAUAGUCCAUUAUUAUCUGUCGAUAAAUAGACAAAAUAAUUAAUGUAGGAAUAAUUUAGUUGUAAAUUUCCUUCAAUAUAUGAUCUAAAAGAAGCUUAGUUACAUUACACCUUAUAUGAAUUAUUAGAAUAGCUAAUAUAAUUACAGAAAUUCCCUUAUGAAUUUGAAGUCUUUAGUAUUCGAGGAUACCAUGACCUACAUUUGAAAGUGUUUUACUUUGAACCUAAGUCUUUUACUAUUCUAUUAUAAAAUAUGGAGGAAUAUAAUUUGUAAAUUAAGAAAGUAUUUACAUAAACUACUAUGCAAUAAUUGUUUAAGAGUUUUAGUCAUGAAUACAAUACAUCUUUAAAUUAUAUCUUAGCAUUAGCUUAGGUAGCUGAAUGCCAUGAAGAAGUUCCAUAAAGUAUUUAGGAGUAAUUUUUUAAACCAAUAUUGGUUAAUGGGAAAGUGAUGCAUAGUAUGGUUUUGGAUAUGAUGGAUUAUAAUAGUAUAUUAGGAAAGACAUUUAGUUUAUAGGUAGGAGUGUUCAAAAUUUAAGAAUUGAUAUAAGAAGUCAUAUCACUUUUUAAAGAUUAAAUAUCAAAAAAGAAUUUAGAAAUCAAAAUUGAUUUUAAUUCUAAAAUAACAUAAAUGAUAUCUGAUCGGAAUAGAAUUAAAUAAAUUUUGAUUAAUUUAGUAUCAAAUGCUCAAAAAUUUACACUUCAAGGUUUAAUUUCCUUAAAAGUUGAAACAUGUAUGUCUAAUAAUAAAUAGAAAUAUGUUGUUUUUCAUGUUUAAGAUACUGGAAUAGGAAUGACAAAGUAAGAAUAAGAUAGAUUAACAUUAUUAUUAUAAUCAGGAGUGCCAUCAAUAUAAAAGAUAUCUAAAAAUACAGCAGGUUUUGGAUUGGGUCUAUUUAUUAGUAAUAAGAUAGCAGAAGCAUUAUCAUAAUAAAGAUUUGAAAAAGGAGGUGGACUCAGAUUUGAAACAUAAACAGGAAAAGGAUUUCAUUGUUGGUUUAAAGUGUACCCUCAAACUGUUAGUCCUGAUGUUAAACUUAAUAAUCCUAAAAGUCCAUUGAUAAUACUAAAUAAGAAGAUAGUUAUUGAUACAAGAUAGACAGAGGUAAAUGCUGGAAUAGAGAAAUUCAAAAGAGAUAAUAAGAGAAAUAGAUUAUCACGUUUAUUGGAUGAUAAUGAUCAAAUAGAUGAUAGAAAUAAAAUAAGAUAGCGAAGACCUCAUAGUUAAAUCCGUUUUGUAUAAGAACUUAGUGAUGCAGUUUCAACUGAUACAGUUAAUAAUGAAUGUUCUGUUGAAGAUUAUUAGGCAAGAAUAAAAUAUAUAAAAUCAUGGUAAUAAUAAUAAUAAUAAUCAUUUUUAUUGAGAAGUAAUUAAUCAAUUAUUGAAUGUCGUUGUCCUUUUAUAUUAAUAGUGGAUGAUGAAUAGAUUAAUAUAUUAGCAUUAUCAAUCUUGUUAGAAUAACUUGGUUUAAAUUCUGAUCAAGUAUUUAAUGGAAAAGAAUGUGUAGAUUUAAUAUAUUCAAGAUAAAAGAAAAGUAUAUUUUUAUAAAUAUAUUAAAUAGCAUAAUGUGGAAGAUGUAGUGAUAGAUAGUAUCAAUUAAUAUUUAUGGAUAUAAAUAUGCCUUUACUUGAUGGAUGGGAAGCAUCUAAACAAAUUAAAAAACGGUUUUCUAUACCCAUAAUUGCUUGUACUGCUUUUACUGAUAAUGAAACUAAAGAAUAAUGUUAUCAAAAUGGAUUAGAUUAUUAUUUAUCUAAACCAGUUAAAAAAGAAUCAUUAAUUUAAGUGUUAUAAUAUUAUCGUAUACUUUGACUUUAAUAUCUUUUUAUAUUUAUAAUAAUAAUUUUAUUAUAAUCAAAUAAUCAAAGGGGAAUACAUGAUAAAUCUAUUUAAAAUAUAAAUAAGAAGAUAUUAAAUGUAUUUUAUUAUCCUGUUUCUCAUUAGGUUGUAAUUCUAAUAAUUAUAUAAAAAUGACGUAAAUUAUUAUAUAGUUUAUUAAACAAAAUUAUUAUUGUGUCAUUUCACCUAAGCAAAUAAAAAUAGAAAUCAGAAAUAACAAUAAUUAUGCUUAAUAAUUGUGGAGAAUUCUUAAGAAGAAUUGACUAAUUUGGUGCUAGUUAUANAAAAUACAGCAGGUUUUGGAUUGGGUCUAUUUAUUAGUAAUAAGAUAGCAGAAGCAUUAUCAUAAUAAAGAUUUGAAAAAGGAGGUGGACUCAGAUUUGAAACAUAAACAGGAAAAGGAUUUCAUUGUUGGUUUAAAGUGUACCCUCAAACUGUUAGUCCUGAUGUUAAACUUAAUAAUCCUAAAAGUCCAUUGAUAAUACUAAAUAAGAAGAUAGUUAUUGAUACAAGAUAGACAGAGGUAAAUGCUGGAAUAGAGAAAUUCAAAAGAGAUAAUAAGAGAAAUAGAUUAUCACGUUUAUUGGAUGAUAAUGAUCAAAUAGAUGAUAGAAAUAAAAUAAGAUAGCGAAGACCUCAUAGUUAAAUCCGUUUUGUAUAAGAACUUAGUGAUGCAGUUUCAACUGAUACAGUUAAUAAUGAAUGUUCUGUUGAAGAUUAUUAGGCAAGAAUAAAAUAUAUAAAAUCAUGGUAAUAAUAAUAAUAAUAAUCAUUUUUAUUGAGAAGUAAUUAAUCAAUUAUUGAAUGUCGUUGUCCUUUUAUAUUAAUAGUGGAUGAUGAAUAGAUUAAUAUAUUAGCAUUAUCAAUCUUGUUAGAAUAACUUGGUUUAAAUUCUGAUCAAGUAUUUAAUGGAAAAGAAUGUGUAGAUUUAAUAUAUUCAAGAUAAAAGAAAAGUAUAUUUUUAUAAAUAUAUUAAAUAGCAUAAUGUGGAAGAUGUAGUGAUAGAUAGUAUCAAUUAAUAUUUAUGGAUAUAAAUAUGCCUUUACUUGAUGGAUGGGAAGCAUCUAAACAAAUUAAAAAACGGUUUUCUAUACCCAUAAUUGCUUGUACUGCUUUUACUGAUAAUGAAACUAAAGAAUAAUGUUAUCAAAAUGGAUUAGAUUAUUAUUUAUCUAAACCAGUUAAAAAAGAAUCAUUAAUUUAAGUGUUAUAAUAUUAUCGUAUACUUUGA